CUUGAGCUUCCCAUCCCCCUUCAUAAGUCGGCGUGACUGAACAGGCCAUUGUGAUUCAGCCUUGAUAGCGUUCAAGUCCUGAUACAUGGUUUCCAACACCCAGCCCGCCACAAUGGCGGUUAGCUCCUUUGCCCGCAUGCUCAAGGGCCAGGUCCGGUGCUAUUCUGCACCGUUAGACAUGGCCAUCCCGGCCUCCAAGCAGCGUUAUAUCCCCACGUCUGGCACGUACCCGAAGGGAUUUAAGGUGUCUGGCACCCAUGUCGGUGUCAAGGCCUCCAACACUCGCUUCCCCGAUCUUGCACUCAUCGCUUCCGACACGCCUUGCGCGGCUGCUGCCGUUUUCACGACCAACAAGUUCCAGGCUGCGCCGGUGCAAGUUAGCCGGCAAACGUUGAAGAGUCGCAAGGGAGAGGGUAUCCGUGCUGUCGUUAUCAACUCUGGAUGCGCCAAUGCUGUGACUGGCAAGGGUGGAUUGGAAGAUGCGGUCCAGAUGGGCCAGACUGUGGAUGAAUGCAGCGGAGCUGAGAAAAACAGCUCCCUGGUGAUGAGCACGGGUGUCAUUGGACAGCGCCUGCCUAUCAAGAAGAUCCUCGACCGCAUCCCUACUGCGCACGCCACCCUUGACUCGACACACGAUGCCUGGCUGAGCACCGCUCGUGCAAUUUGCACCACGGAUACUUUCCCCAAGCUGCUCUCUCGUACUUUCACCCUACCCUCUUCUCCUGGUCACACUUAUAGCCUGGCCGGCAUGACCAAGGGUGCCGGUAUGAUUCACCCGAACAUGGCCACCUUGCUUGGCGUUCUCUGCACCGACGCAGCCGUCGAGCCCGCAGCUCUCCAGUCCAUCCUUAAGCACUCAAUCUCCCGCUCUUUCAACUCGAUCUCCAUCGAUGGUGACACCAGCACCAACGACACCAUUGCCGUCCUUGCUAACGGUGCCGCCGGUGGAGAGACGGUCCAGGCUCCCACCACUGGCUCCGAAGCUAGCGCCGACUACCAGGCUCUGCAGACCAUCUUCACCGACUUUGCCCAGGAGCUGUCGCAGCUUGUCGUCCGCGAUGGUGAGGGUGCUACCAAAUUCGUGACUGUGCGCGUCCGCAACUCACCCGACUACGAGUCUGCCCGCCUGAUUGCCUCCACCAUUGCCCGCUCUCCCCUCGUCAAGACUGCCUUGUACGGCCGUGAUGCUAACUGGGGCCGUAUCCUCUGCGCGGUCGGCUACACCCAGGGUGUGAAGGACGGCGUUGUCGUACCCGAGCGGACCUCUGUGAGCUUCCGCCCCGUGGACGGCAGCCCCAUCCUUAAGCUGCUCGUGAAUGGCGAGCCUGAGGCUGUCGAUGAGGAACGUGCCAGUGUCAUUCUGCAGAAUGAGGACUUGGAGAUUGAGGUCGACCUUGGUGGUGGUGAGAAGGGUGCUGCUGGAUGUGGUGGUGAGGAUGCCGUGUACUGGUUCUGCGAUUUCAGCCAUGAGUAUGUCACUAUUAACGGUGACUACCGUACUUAAAAGUGUCAAGUAUAUACCUGGCAAGUUACCUGUUUUCAUACAUCCAUUUCCAAGAUAUGAAGAUAUUAGUACGUGAUAUCACUGUAAAGACGGACGAUUACGACCCGUUGUAUUCUCGACGUAUCUAAUAUCUAGCCCUAUCUCCAGCCAUCCUUUUCUCCGGUCACAAGCAGACCCGUCAUGACUGUACUGGGCCCUUUGUAUCGGCAUACCAGCUUGAGCUCGACUCUCCAAAAUUUGAGAGACGAUUGGUAAUUCGGUUUAUGCAACACAUGGACCGAAAGAACUCCAAUGAUCGAAGCAUGAUCCAGAUCAGCCAGCAUCCAACCACAUAUCCAAGAAACCAUAAAAAGUCACCAAAGAUAAAUCAAACCCUUGCGGAACAUAAGAUACGGUGUAUAUUCGAUGUAGUUACCUUCAGAGUAUUGCACUAAUUAGACAUCUGAUUUAGUGGAUAUCACCUUAACAAGCCACCCCAGCCACGCGAGAUACGCCUCGCCUUACUCCAAGGGCCUCAUACCUAUCGUGAUGUCACCAGAGGGAUGUUUUGAUAUUGCCUACAAGCAUUUUGUUAGUUCCUGAUCUGAGAGGAAAUGGCUCAUCGGAGUAUAAAGUUAGCCAAGUAAUUGACAUGCUUGCAAGUCGACGUUAAAGGCCACAAUAACUAGGUGUCCUUCCAAGCACUACUGUGAGGUUGAGAAGGCACCAAGGUAUAUAUUUCAUUGCCUUUUCAGCAGUUUGGGCCUACCCAUGCCCAUUUAUCUUAUCAAUCAACAUCAACUCUCGCUAGAGAUCGGAUGAAUGCGGAAUAUUGCAAUUUUAGCCUUCGGUCUUGGACCAACCUUUAAAAAGUGAUGUUCUAGGUAAUGAGUUAUGC